AGGCCGCGUUGGACCGUGGCUCCAUCCGGGGGACCCGUAGCCCCGCCUUCGCGAGCGUGUGCACGCCGUACGCCGCCGGCCCCGCCCCCAGGUCCCAGCCCCAAGUUCCGCCUCCAACCGGGUCCAUCCUUUUGUGACUCUCCGCGCCGCCGAGGCUUGAACUGCGGACUCUCAGUUCCCGCGGGAUCCCUCUGCUCGCACCCAUGAGAGCCUCAGACCCAUCCCCCGAGAAUCUCUUAGCCCUAAUCUGUACCCGCAGCCCCGCACCUGGCUCCCUCGAACCACUCUCUCCACCCCGUCGGUGGCUGCAGGCAUGGCUGUGAUUGGCUGGGCAAGGGGUGGCCCAGGGAACAUCACUGAACCGCGCAAAAGAGGUCACACAGCAAACCAACGGAAAAAGAAGGACACGCAAGGCUUUGGGGAGGAGUCGAGGGAGCCCAGCACAGGUGACAACAUCCGGGAGUUCUUGCUGAGCCUCAGAUAUUUUCGAAUCUUCAUCGCCCUAUGGAAUGUCUUCAUGAUGUUCUGCAUGAUCGUGCUCUUUGGCUCCUGAGCUCCAGAUACAGAACCAGAAACCUUCUCAGAGUGUCUCUUCCUCCAUUCCUGACGACUUCAAGAAUGUUUCUGCCCAGAAAACCGGUGACCUUCCCAGAAAGUCCAAGCUUGUGGUGGGUGGAAAAAAUGUUCGCCAAGAUGAGCACAGUUUCCCAGCCACGUCACUGUUUUCUUUUCAAAGAUAUUUUCACUUUGAUCUCUGCCUUGAAAUGCUGUCUACUUAAAAGAGUUUGAAGGGUGUUUAUGUGAGGGGCUGUGGUAUCUAGAUUGUUUAAUCAGAUCAGAAUCCUUCUUCUACCAAACUUUCACUGGAAACCCAUUUCUGGGUAUUUCUUGGUUUGUUUUUAAUAACCAUCCUUUUUUGGUUCAAAUUAUACAGAUUUUUAAAAAUCUUCUUUAUCCAGGGAUCUGAAGCAGAAAGGUUGGCUUUUAAGUUUGAUGCACCCUCUUAUUGGGCUGCAUUUGUGAGGAAUGAACAAGUUCAUAGUUGCUGCGUCUGUGUCCAAAUUCCUUCCCCAUCCCAAUGGGCUCUGCUUGGCCACUCCAUGCUGCUGAGGUUGUCCCCAGGGCUUGAAGGGUGAAGUGUUAUGGGUUCCUGUGGAAGAGAGGUGCAGAGCAGUUGGCAGGGUGGAUGGGGGUUUUAUGAGAAACUUUGCCUUGCCUUGAAGCCCUCUAUUAAAGUAACUUUUGGGGCCAUUAAUUGUAUAGUUUCUAGAAUGAGAGUGAUUUAUGUGGUGAUAUUGGGACUCAGUUCUGAAAGCUUGGGUUUUGGGGUCUGCUUUUCAAGUGGAUGAUUUCAAGGUUGAAAAACAAGCCUCAUUGGAGGAAAUACAGCAUUUUGCAUAGAAGCUUCUCUGGUUUAAUCGCCAACAUGACACUUGGGUGGUCAGUGCCCGGAUCCUACAGGUGUUUGAUUUAUUUGUUGUGGUUUUUGAAAUCCUAACUUGCAGGUAACCUGGUGGGAGGAAUAAGUAAAUAUGCAGGCUCUUAGAACUAAACAGCAUUGAAAAUAAAGCUCAUUUAUGAAAAGGA